UGAGGAGACUGGGCGCAAUCCAUGCCACCAGCAAUCCACCGAAGCAGGACGCAGGUGGCGGCACCAGAAUCGGAGGCUUCCUGACAAGGAGGCCCCGUUGGUGGCCAGAUACCGGUGAGGAGACUGGGCGCAAUUCAUGCCACCAGCAAUCCACCGUAGCAGGACACAAGUGGCGGCACCAGAAUCGGAGGCUUCCCUACAAGGAGGCCCCGUUGGUGAGAGAGCUUUCGCCUGGCAGCGCGAGCAAGGUAAGCCUGUGAUGUUUGGCCUCGCCCCCCCCCCAACUCCUUUCCCUAGCAGUUGGGCGUGCAGGAGGAGGACUGCCUCAGCGAGUAUUGGGGCCACGCUGAAAGGAACGUCAGCAGGAGUGGCCGCCCCAGAGCCUGUCGGAAUCAGACGGGGAAGACGUGCAGGAUGAUGAGGCAGGCGGUGCUGAGCCCGUGGAUGGGGCGUCGGAGCACCCAGAAGGCCAUGAACAGCUCCCCCCGGUAAGAUCGGGACUUGCUCGGGGGGGAGGAGGUGAGUGCAGAUGCCCCCUAUGUGGCCCCUCCCUCAGGGCCUACUCCUACAGGGAAUGUGGGGGUUCCCCCUGAUGCUGCCACUGCAAAGGGCUGGAUUCAGGAGGCCGUUCAGGUCUCACUGGCAGCGGCACUUAAAGCGCGGAAGCCUGCAAGGCAUUGCAAGGCAGGCUGUGAUCCAUGUGUCGCCCUCAGACUCUCAGGAGGAGACGGUGCCCGCUAAGCAGCCCAGGGUGGCUAUACGCCAGGACUCUGUGCCCUUGCGUAGGGGGAGGUCUUCAGAUGUGUCUGGAGAGGACUCCCCAGAUCUAUUGUGACCCAGGGUCAGUGGGUCAGAGACAUUGCUGGGCAACCCAGACAAGGGGCCCUCCUCCUCGGAAGAGGGGGAGAUGAUUGAGGACUCUGCUGCAAACUUACACAGUCAGAGGCUCUCUCUUAUGGUGGAUUUUCAGCCACUAAUUAACCAGGCUAUUGCUGCGCUUGAUCUGUAGCCAGUUACAGAGGAACAGAUCUCUCCUGUGUCCAAGGGCUCCUUGGUGCUGCCUAAGGCUAAGGUACCACAGAUUAAAUCAGUGAUACCUGAGGGCUUUACUAAGACCAUCAAGGAGGAAUGGGCAGCUAUUGCGACUCCCAAAGCGUAUGUUGACAUUGGCUAGCAAAUUGUACAACUUUGAGGAGGAGACUCUGGACUUGCUGAAGGUGCCACUUACGGUUGCUCACUUCAGGGCCCUACUUAGUAGCACAGUGGUACCCAAGGAUGGGGACUCCUCUUCUAAGGAGCCAGAAAACAGAAAAGCAGAAUCUGCACUGCGCAGGGCCCACGAGGCUUGAGCAGUGGCCAUCAGAGCUGACACCACUGUGUCCUUGGUGUCUAGAGCAUCGGUCUUGUGGGUUGGCAAGUUACCCAAUGACCCUCCCACUAAUCAGUCUAAGAUGUGGCAUAAGCUACUUCGUCUGCAGAGGGCGGCUGCCUUUUCAGCAGAUGCUACUCUGGACAGUGUUCAGUUCUCGGCACGUGCGGUCAGUGCAGGUGUCCUGGCAAGACGCAACAUAUGGCUAAAAUUUUGGAAGUUGAUAAUACGUCUAGGGCUAAAUUAGCUGCUGUUCCCUAUGCUGGGGGAAAAGCUAAUUGGGAAUGAGGCCCUGAAAGAGGUCCUCAUUGAAACUAAGGAUAACCGCAGGGCUCUGCCAUCAGCUCCUAGGAAGAAGGACAAGAGUUUUAAUCAUAGACCGAUGCAAACCUUCAGGGCGUUUAGACCUCAGUUUGUCAGAGGGAGCCUUUUAGGCCUUUUCGAUCGCAGUGGAACAGAUCCAGAGGCCAAGGCAGGCAAGGGUUCACUCAGCAGAACCAUCAGUCUCUCGGAAACCAGCAGCGGGGCCCCCAAGCAGCAGUCCUGACUCCCACUCAGGCAAAGUGGGGGUCUGCCAUUUGGACUGUUUUGGAAAGAAUCCAUCGACAGGUGGGUUCUUUCCAUUAGCCUACACGGGUACGAAGUGGAGCUGGCCAGCCCCCCAGGAAACAGAUUCCUCCUUACCCCUAGAUCUGGGAAACCGGAAAAGCACAAGGGGUUGUCCAUGGCCAUUCAGUAUCUGGUGGCUAUAGGGGCCAUAGAGGAGGUCCCACCUCUUCAGAGAGGCAAGGGCAUCUAUUCUGUGAUUUUAAGGUGCCAAAAAAGGACGGAUCGGCCAGGGCAGUUCUCAACCUACGCCCAGCCAACCGUUUUGUGAUAAAAAGGAGGUUCAGGAUGGAAACCCUUUGUACCAUCUCAGAGGCAUUGCAGAUGGGGGACUACAUGACUUCAAUAGAUCUCCAGGAGGCCUAUUUACACAUCCCCAUUCAUCCACGCAGUCAACAUAUACUCCACUUCUGCUACAUGGGGAGGCAUUAUCAGUACAGAGCCCUUCCUUUUGGUCUCUCAUCAGCCACCCGAGUUUUUAUGAAGGUUCUAGUCUGCUAGUGGCCACUUUAUGCACUGAGGGGGUCCACCUGUAUUGUUACCUCGACAACUUGCUCAAGAAGGGGCAGUUCAGUCGGCUCUGUCCAGAACAAUGUCUGUGUUACGUGCGCAUGGGUUUCUGAUAAAUGUGGGCAAGAGUCACCUGAUGCCCACACAGAGCCUUCGUCAUUUGGGCAUGGUAAUGGACACCUCAGUAGGCAAACUGUUUCUGCCACAGGAUCGGAUGGAGGUCUUAACGUCACUGGCUCGUGUGAUUGCUUCGAGACUGUGGGCCAGCCUUCUCAAUCUAGCAAGUUUGUUGGGUCUCAUGGUGGCGGCUAUGGUCUCGGUGCCUUGGGCGAGGUUUUCAUCUACGCCAGUUACAGUGGGGUUUCCUCCUUUACCAGCACAGGAUUGCCCUCAAACGUGACAAGAACAUUCCUCUCUAGGUGUCUCUUCGCGAGUCGAUUCGUUGGACGGCCCGGGGAACCUAGACAAGGGCAAGCUGUUCAUAGAACCCGAGAGAGUGAUGGUCACGACGGACACCAGUCUAUCGGGCUGGGGGGCUCACUGUUGGAACAGUUCUGCCCAGGGGCUUUGGUCGGUGGAAGAGUUGCUCCAUAGCAUAAACUGGCUCGAGCUGUGGGCUGUCUUUCUGGCCCUAAGAGCCUUCACGCCCUUGGUGAAGGGAAGGAAUAUCUUAAUGUGUACAGAACAACUUAAUAUCCAUUCUGGACCAUCAUGUAAACAGAAUUUCCAAUGUUUGGGCAGAUUGGCUAAGACGGCAGGAGAUCCAGCCGGCAGAAUGGGGCCUGCACCCUCGAGUAUUUAGGUGGCUGACAGAGCAGCUGGGGUGUCCCCAGAUAGACCUGUUUGCAUAUCCUCAGAAUGCCAAGAUUCAGAGGUUUUACUCACGUUUCCCGAUGUUGGGGGCAGAAGAGACGGAUACGCUAUCGGUGCCAUGACCUCCGUGUCUGCUGAAUGCAUUUCCUCCAGUGCCGCUGCUCUCCCGUUGCCUCAGGAAGCUGCGGGGUUUCCGGGCAUCCCUGAUAUUGAUUGCGUCUUUUUGGCCCAGAGGGCCUUGGUUUUCCGAGAUCGUCGACUUGACCGUAGGUCAUCCACUCAGUUUGCCAGACCAUCCAGUACUGCUGUGUCAAGGUCCGAUUUACCAUCCUUGCAUCUAGAAAGUGUUCAGCCAACAAGAUUUACCAAUCGACUUGGCGUAGUUUUCUGCACUGGACGGCAAAGCUCUCCCUGCAGCUGGACAAGUGCAGGUCGAGGGGAUUACUAGGUUUUCUUCAGGAUGGCCUUACGCUUGGUCUGAAACCCAACACGCUUAAGCACCAGGCGGCGUGCUUGAUCCAGAUGUUGUUUCCUCAUCAGCGUUUGUUCAGGCGUGGCACCCUCUUCUACGCAAGUUCUUGAGGGGGGCAGCUUUGUUGUCUCCUCUGGUCUGCCAUCGUUUUCCGUCAUGGGAUUUGCAUAUUGUGUUGUGGGGUCUGCAGUUUCCGCCAUUUGAACCACUUUGAUCUGUAUCAUUGCAGAUGCUGUCCUGGAAGGUGGCCUUUUUAGUAGCUGUAACAUCAGCCAGGAGGGUUUCUGAAUCGCAGGCUCUGUCAGUUCAGAGUAAUUUGUGUAAUUUCUCUAAGGACUCUGUGAGACUUAUCCCGGAUCCUUCGUUUAUCCCUAAGGUAAAGUCUCAGUUUAAUCGUGAGGCGGUCAUUUAAUUACCUUCUUUUUGUCCGGAUGCUCGUCACCCUGCAGAGAAGGAGUGCAACCGGAUGCAGGCUUUUCAUAAGUCAGAUGCUCUUUUUGUGGCCUUUAAGGCUUCUAAGAUCGGAUGCAAGGUCUCUUCAGCCAUUAUUGCUCGAUGGGUUCAUUCAUGCAUUACGAUGUUGUAUGAAGCCCAGAAACUUUCGGUGCCUGGUCAGAUUACGGAGCACUCAACUACAUCGGCAGCCACUUCCACUGUGUUAUCUUCACCGGUGUCCCAUGAAGAGAUUUGCAAGGCGGCUACUUGGUCGUCGCCUUUUACAUUUUCAAGGCAUUACAAGUUGGAUGAACAUGAAGCUGCCAGAGCAGCAUUUGGUCGGAGGGUCCUGCAACAGGUCCUUCCGGGUCAGUAGCUCCAGCUUGGGUAUUUCCCUCCCGUGGUUGGUGCUGUGGUAUGUCCCAAGCUUGGGUGACCUCCUACACCAGCCGAGAAAGGUACAUUGGUACUCACCGUGAAGGUGUCUUCUGGCUGGUGUAGAAGAGGUCACCCAAGGCCCACCCGGGUUGUGUUAGGCUGGAGCUGAUGAUCUGGUUGUAGGGGGACCGUUUUUCUGUCUUUCUCUGCAUUAUUGUUUGUAUAUUGUUGUAUAUUCUCUGUUGUGUUCUGUGGUUUUCAUUCCGUAGCUUGAGCUGUUUUAAGCACUGAGGAGAUCCGCCCACAUGCACUGGGUUAAGGAUCUUCAAGUAUGACUACUUCCUGCCUUUUGGAGCAUGUGGGGGGAUGUAAUCCCAAGCUUGGGUGACCUCUUCUACACCAGCCAGAAGACACCUUCACGCUCGCAAAUGCUGUUCUGUAUUUGCAAGCGACUGACAAGCAACCAGAUCCUCAGCAGCACAGAAAUCCUCAAGUGGUUGCGAGAGAUCUUGAUCUGCAGGAACAAAUUUCUCCAGAAGAAUAAACAAUCCGAUAGGAGUUCCUGUCCUUUUCUCUCCCUUUAUCCGGUAGGGUGUGAUGUCACGGGGGGUGGAGCCAAUCAGAUUUCUCUCGACCACGACGAGCUGAUACGCUGCACCCCAGGAGCGCUGCUUCGGAAGGGCAAGGGGAGCUUCUGCAUGGAAAGUGCCGCGGGCUGCAGCGGGACUCCGAUCUGCCGCCAAGCCCAGACCAAGCUGGAGGUGGCCCUGUACAUGUCCCUCUGGAGCCCCGACGCGGAGGCGGUGCUGGUGGCCAUGUCCUGUUUCCGCCACCUCUGCGAGGAAGCCGAGAUCAGGUGUGGCGACGAGGUCUCCGUCCACAACUUUCUGCCCAACUACAACACUUUCAUGGAGUUUGCAUCCGUGAGCAACGUGAUGUCAACCGGAAGAGCAGCUCUUCAGAAGCGCGUGAUGGCGUUGCUGAGGCAGAUUGAACAUCCGACGGCAGGUAACACCGAGGCUUGGGAAGAUACGCACUUGAAGUGGGAGACGGCGACGAAACUGAUCCUCAACUACCCAAAGACGAAACUGGAAGAUGGCCAGGUGACGGAGAGCCUCCACAAGACGAUCGUCAAGCGGCGGAUGUCCCACGUCAGCGGGGGAGGCUCCAUCGACCUCUCCGACACGGACUCCCUGCAGGAGUGGAUCAACAUGACGGGCUUCCUGUGUGCCCUGGGGGGCGUCUGCCUGCAGCACCGCAGCAGCACCGUCUUGGCCACCUACAGCCCCCCCAUGGGCCCCGUGAGCGAGCGCAAGGGCUCCGUGGUCUCCAUGCUGUCGGCCGACAGCAACGCGGAGACCCCUGUGAGCAAGUUCCUGGACCGGCUGCUGUCGCUGAUGGUCUGCACCCAUGAGAAGGUGGGCUUGCAGAUCCGCACGAACAUGAAGGACCUGGUGGGCCUGGAGCUGAGCCCGGCCCUCUACCCCAUGCUCUUCAACAAGCUCAAGAACAUCAUCAGCAAGUUCUUUGAUUCGCAAGGGCAGCCCCACUGUGCCCCUUGGCAGGUCUUGCUCAACGACACCAACACCCAGUUUGUGGAGCAGACCAUCGCCAUCAUGAAGAACCUGCUGGACAAUCACACGGAAGCCAGCUCGGAGCACCUGGGCCAAGCCAGCAUUGAGACGAUGAUGCUGAACCUCGUCAGGUACGUGCGGGUCCUCGGGAACCUGGUCCAUGCCAUCCAGAUCAAAACCAAGCUCUGCCAACUGGUGAAGCUGAUGAUGGAGAGGCGGGACGACCUCUCCUUCUGCCAAGAGAUGAAGUUCAGGAACAAGAUGGUGGAAUAUCUGACAGACUGGGUGAUGGGAACGUCCAACCAAGCGACGGAUGAGGACGUCAAAUGCUUGACAAGAGAUCUGGACCAGGCCAGUAUGGAAGCGGUGGUGUCCCUCCUCGCUGGGCUCCCCCUGCAGCCGGAAGAAGGAGACGGCGUUGAGUUGAUGGAAGCCAAAUCCCAGCUCUUUCUGAAAUACUUCACCCUGUUCAUGAACCUGCUCAACGACUGCAGCGAAGUCGAAGACGACGGCAUGCAGGCGGGCGGCCGGAAGCGUGGGAUGUCGCGCCGCCUGGCCUCGCUGCGCCACUGCACCGUCCUGGCAAUGUCCAACUUGCUCAACGCCAACGUGGACAGCGGCCUGAUGCACUCCAUAGGGCUGGGGUACCACAAAGAUCUCCAGACCAGGGCGACGUUCAUGGAGGUCCUCACCAAGAUCCUGCAGCAGGGCACCGAGUUCGACACGCUGGCGGAGACAGUGCUGGCGGAUCGGUUUGAGAGGCUGGUGGAGCUGGUCACCAUGAUGGGCGAUCAAGGAGAGCUGCCGAUUGCGAUGGCCCUGGCCAAUGUGGUGCCUUGUUCCCAGUGGGAUGAACUGGCUCGGGUCCUGGUCACCCUCUUCGACUCCCGCCACUUGCUCUACCAGCUGCUCUGGAACAUGUUCUCGAAGGAAGUGGAGCUGGCCGACUCCAUGCAGACCCUCUUCCGGGGGAACAGCCUGGCCAGCAAAAUCAUGACUUUUUGCUUUAAGGUAUACGGGGCAACGUAUCUACAGAAGCUUUUGGAGCCUUUGCUGAGGACCAUCAUUACAUCUUUGGAGUGGCAGCACGUUAGCUUCGAGGUGGAUCCAACAAGGCUGGAGUCCAGCGAGAGCCUCGAAGACAACCAGCGCAGCCUGCUGCAGAUGACGGAGAAAUUCUUCCGCGCCAUCAUCAGUUCCUCGGCGGAGUUCCCUCCCCAGCUCCGGAGCGUGUGCCACUGUCUCUACCAGGCCACUUGUCACUCUCUCCUGAAUAAAGCUACCGUAAAAGAAAAAAAGGAAAACAAAAAAUCAGUCGUCAGCCAGCGCUUCCCGCAGAACAGCAUCGGAGCCGUGGGCAGUGCCAUGUUCCUGAGGUUCAUCAACCCUUCCAUCGUCUCGCCCUACGAAGCCGGGAUCUUGGAGAAAAAGCCACCGCCCAGAAUUGAGAGGGGCUUGAAGCUGAUGUCAAAGGUGCUGCAGAGCAUCGCCAACCACGUCUUGUUCACCAAGGAGGAGCACAUGCGGCCUUUCAACGAGUUCGUCAAGAGCAACUUCGACGCAGCACGGAGGUUUUUCCUUGACAUUGCAUCGGAUUGUCCCGCCAGCGACACCGUCAACCACAGUCUCUCCUUCAUCAGCGACAGCAACGUCCUCGCUCUCCAUCGCCUGCUCUGGAACAACCAGGAGAAGAUUGGCCAGUACCUCUCCAGCAACAGGGACCACAAAGCUGUCGGAAGGCGGCCAUUUGACAAGAUGGCGACUCUGCUGGCCUACCUCGGCCCCCCUGAGCACAAGCCUGUGGCCGACACGCAGUGGUCCAGCAUCAACCUCACCAGUUCCAAGUUUGAGGAGUUCAUGACCAGGCACCAGGUGCAUGAAAAGGAGGAGUUCAAGGCUCUGAAAACACUCAACAUUUUCUACCAAGCCGGGACAUCGAAAGCCGGCAACCCUGUCUUCUACUACGUCGCCCGCCGGUUCAAGACCGGCCAGAUCAAUGGCGACUUGCUGAUCUACCACGUCCUGCUGACGCUGAAGCCGUACUACGCCAAGCCAUACGAGAUCGUGGUGGACCUCACCCACACCGGGCCCAGCAACCGCUUCAAGACCGACUUCCUGUCCAAGUGGUUCGUCGUCUUCCCGGGCUUUGCCUACGAGAACGUCUCCGCCGUCUUCAUCUACAACUGCAACUCCUGGGUGCGGGAGUACACCAAGUACCAUGAGCGGCUCCUGACGGGCCUCAAGGGCAGCAAGAGGCUCGUCUUCAUCGACUCGGCGGGGAAGCUGGCUGAGCACGUGGAGCACGAGCAGCAGAAGCUCCCGGCGGCCACCUUGGCCUUGGAAGAAGACCUCAAGGUUUUCCACAGCGCCCUCAAGCUGGCCCACAAGGACACCAAAGUCUCCAUCAAGGUUGGUUCUACUGCCGUUCAAGUAACUUCCGCGGAGCGUACCCGGGUCCUGGGGCAGACGGUAUUCUUGAAUGACAUCUACUACGCUUCUGAAAUAGAAGAGAUCUGCCUGGUGGAUGAGAACCAGUUCACCUUAACCAUUGCCAACCAAGGGACGCCCCUCACUUUCAUGCACCAGGAGUGUGAAGCCAUCGUCCAGUCGAUCAUCCAUAUCCGGACCCGGUGGGAGCUCUCUCAGCCGGACUCCAUUCCACAGCACACGAAAAUCCGCCCAAAGGACGUGCCUGGAACGCUCCUGAACAUUGCGCUGCUCAAUCUAGGCAGCUCAGACCCAAGUCUACGGUCCGCAGCCUAUAAUCUGCUCUGUGCCUUAACCUGUACCUUUAAUUUAAAGAUUGAAGGCCAGCUGUUGGAGACUUCGGGGCUCUGCAUCCCAGCCAACAACACCCUUUUUAUUGUCUCUAUCAGUAAGACCCUGGCAGCUAAUGAGCCACACCUAACCUUAGAGUUUCUGGAAGAAUGCAUUUCCGGAUUCAGCAAAUCGAGUAUUGAGCUGAAGCACCUCUGCCUGGAAUACAUGACCCCCUGGCUGCUGAAUCUGGUCCGCUUCUGCAAACACAACGACGAGGCCAAGCGCCAGCGGGUCACGGCCAUCCUGGACAAGCUGAUCACCAUGACCAUCAACGAGAAGCCCAUGUACCCUUCCAUCCAGGCCAAGAUAUGGGGGAGCUUGGGACAGAUCACGGACCUGCUGGACGUCGUGCUGGACAGCUUUAUCAAGACCAGCGCCACCGGGGGUCUGGGCUCCAUCAAAGCCGAAGUGAUGGCGGACACGGCCGUCGCCCUGGCUUCUGGGAACGUGAAGCUGGUUUCCAGCAAAGUCAUUGGGCGGAUGUGCAAGAUCAUCGACAAGACGUGCCUCUCGCCAACCCCGACCUUGGAGCAGCACCUGAUGUGGGACGACAUCGCCAUCCUGGCCCGCUACAUGCUGAUGCUCUCCUUCAACAACUCCCUGGACGUGGCUGCCCACCUGCCCUACCUCUUCCACGUCGUCACGCUCCUGGUCGCCACCGGCCCCCUCUCCCUCCGCGCCUCCACCCACGGGCUGGUCAUCAACAUCAUCCACUCGCUGUGCACGUGUUCGCAGCUCCACUUUAGCGAAGAGACCAAGCAAGUCUUGCGGCUGAGCUUAACGGAGUUCUCCCUGCCCAAGUUCUACCUGCUCUUUGGGAUCAGCAAAGUCAAGUCGGCCGCCGUCAUCGCCUUCCGCUCCAGCUACCGGGACCGCUCCUUCUCCCCCGGUUCCUACGAGAGGGAGACCUUUGCCCUCAGCUCCCUGGAGACGGUGACGGAAGCCCUGCUGGAGAUCAUGGAGGCGUGCAUGAGAGAUAUCCCGACUUGCAAGUGGCUGGAGCAGUGGACCGAACUCGCCCAAAAGUUUGCCUUCCAGUACAACCCGUCCCUUCAGCCGAGGGCCCUCGUCGUCUUGGGCUGCAUCAGCAAGCGGGUCUCCCACGGACAGCUCAAACAGAUCAUUCGGAUUCUCAGCAAGGGUCUCGAAAGUUGCUUGAAAGGCCCAGACAACUACAACAGCCAGGUCCUCAUUGAAGCCACCGUCAUUGCCCUGACGAAGCUGCAGCCCCUCCUCAACAAGGACUCACCUAUGCACAAGGCCCUCUUCUGGGUGGCCAUGGCUGUUCUGCAGCUGGAUGAAGUCAGCCUGUACUCGGCGGGGACCGCUCUCCUCGAACAGAACCUCCACACCUUGGACAACCUUCGCAUCUUCAAUGACAAAAGCCCCGAAGAAGCCUUCAUGGAGAUCCGAGGGCCGCUGGAGUGGCACUGCAAGCAGAUGGACCACUUUGUGGGACUCAACUUCAACUCCAACUUCAACUUUGCGCUCGUGGGCCAUUUGCUGAAAGGCUAUCGGCAUCCUUCCCCCACCAUCGUCGCCCGGACGGUCAGGAUCCUGCACACCCUCCUCGCUCUGGUUAACAAACACAGGAACUGUGACAAGUUUGAGGUGAAUACCCAGAGUGUGGCUUACCUUGCAGCUCUGCUGACAGUUUCCGAGGAAGUCCGCAGUCGCUGCAGCCUGAAGCACCGGAAGUCCCUCCUGCUGGCUGACCUCUCCCUGGACAACGUCCCGAUGGAGACCUAUCCCAUCCAUCACAGCGACACCGGCUACAGGACACUAAGGGAAAACCAGCCGUGGUCCUCCCCCAAAGGCUCCGACAGACACCUCACGGCCUGCUACCCGACCGUGGGGCAGAUCAGUCCGCGCACGAGGAAGUCCAUGAGCCUGGAUAUGGGGCAGCCUUCGCAAGCCAACACAAAGAAGCUGCUAGGUACGAGGAAGAGUUUUGACCACUUGAUCCCAGACACCAAAGCACCGAAGAGACAGGAGAUGGAGACAGGAAUCACCACGCCUCCGAAAAUGAGGAGGGUAGCCGAGAAUGAUUACGAAAUGGAAACCCAAAGGAUAUCGCCCCAACAGCAUCCACACCUCCGGAAAGUAUCGGUGUCCGAAUCCAACGUCCUUCUGGAUGAAGAAGUCCUCACGGAUCCCAAAAUCCAAGCCCUGUUGCUGACUGUCCUGGCUACCCUAGUGAAAUACACGGCGGAUGAGUUUGACCAGCGGAUACUGUACGAGUACUUAGCGGAAGCCAGCGUCGUUUUCCCCAAGGUCUUUCCAGUGGUGCACAAUUUGUUGGACUUCAAGAUCAACAGCCUGUUGUCUCAGUGUCAGGAUCCAAACCUACUGAAUCCCAUUCACGGCAUCGUCCAGAGUGUGGUUUACCACGAAGAAUCUCCGCCCCAGUACCAAACGUCUUACCUGCAAAGUUUUGGAUUUAACGGCUUGUGGCGGUUUGCGGGACCAUUUUCUAAGCAAACGCAAAUCCCUGACUAUGCUGAGCUCAUUGUGAAAUUCCUCGAUGCUUUGAUUGACACCUACUUGCCUGGGAUCGACGAGGAAGCCAGCGAGGAGUCCCUGCUGACGCCAACGUCUCCGUACCCUCCUGCAGUGCAGAGCCAGCUGAGUAUUACUGCAAACCUGAACCUCUCCAAUUCCAUGACCUCACUUGCAACUUCCCAGCAUUCCCCAGGGAUCGAUAAGGAGAACGUGGAACUCUCUCCCACCACAACACACUCCAACAGCGGAAGGACUCGGCACGGGUCAGCAAGCCAAGUGCAGAAGCAGCGCAGCACCGGGAGCUUCAAACGCCACAGCAUUAAGAAGAUUGUGUGAAGCUUUCCCUCUUUUCGUUUUUUUAAGAACACACACACAAACUGACACAGUACUCUUCCCCGCCACCCUCCACACAAACUGUCACACUGCACUUAAUUUUGACCCUCCCACCCACCCACCCCAUCAGCCGUGGUGCCAGACGAUCAACUCUUGACGUGUCGGAUUGGUCUUGGGGUUUUGUUUUCAUGCAGCCGCUGCUGCCUUUUAAGAUUUCCUCUGUCUUUUUGUUGUUGUUGUGGGUUCUUUUGCGUUCCACCGGCGGUGAUUUCCAAAUGGAUGAAUGGAACCACACCCAGGGCCUGAAGAAAACAGGAAGUAACUUGGGAGUUACGGGAGCCAUGUCUGAUACGGAGACCAUGUCCGACACGGUGUCUCUCACGCUUUGAAAGCCUUCUUUUUCAGUUUCUGUCUCUCUCUCUCUCUUUCUUUCUCUCUCUUUUUUUAAUGGCUUGUUUUGUAUCUACUUUCCAAGAAGAAGUGUUAAUAUUGAAUCAUGUUUGCACACUUAGCGGUCUUAUUGACCCAUGGACAUUCUGUGCAUCCCGGUCUUCAGCCAGCUCCUUGGGAGAGUUCUUUAGCUGUGGACUUGUUUUUACUGAGCUGCCGAGCCCCAUUGAGGGCACCUACUCAGUUCAGUCCACCUUACGGUGGGCUGGGCAGAGAUUUCUCUCUGUGAAGAUCUCUUUAGUGUAGGGGUCCCAAACACGGGUCCCCAGACAUGGUUGGACCACAACUCACAUCAUCCCCAGCUGCAACGGCCAGAGCUGUCAUCCAGCCACGUCUGGGAAGCCCGUGUUUGAGAAACCUGAUCCAGGCAUUUUGGCGGCCAAUGUGCAUCUCCCAGUUUCACCAUCAGCAGCCUCACGGGUACUGAUCGGGUGUCCAGCUUUUCUUGCUGCCUUCCAACUCCAUGGGCACAACAUCCUAGACGCUUCCCUGAAGCGAGUUGAGGUGGUUGAAUUGGGGUGGGGGGUUGUUCCCAAGAACGGUAGGACCCCCUGCACUUCCAUGGCAUUGCCUCAAGCACAGACAUCCCUGGCCCUUUGCGCCAAAGGUCCAUUGAGCACUUAAUCUCCCAGCCAUGCCAGGCACAGAAAUGGGGGGGGAGGGGUCCCCCUUCAGGACUCGCUGAAGCCGAUCGGGCAGGGCUCCUCCUGCUCAAAUGCACCCAAACGCCACACAGCACUUUGGGGUUUUUAAACAAACCCAAGUUUAUGCACAGAAUUUUGGGGCUGCAUUGUCUGCUGUCAAGGCGGCGUCCACACUGUGCACGACUCAAAUGCCCCCGGGGGCCAGAGCCAAGCGUGAUUUGGCGUGCAGGGGCUGAGGUGAAUUUUCAGUAUGUUAAUUUUUACAUGUGGCUAACUGCGUUGAGCUGCUGCUGCUGCCGCCAAGAGCUCUUCUUGCAGAAUAUUCCUACCUGUGGGCCAGCCAAAAAAGGCCCCGCGGCCUUGAUCUGGUCCCUGGGCCUUAGGUUGUGCAGGCCACACUCUCAAAUUCUUCCUGGUGGGCUUGCCUUUCCUCCCCACCUCCCUUCUUAAUUUUUUAAAAAGCCUUUAAUUAGCCAGCCUCCUCCGUCGAGCUAUAUUUGAGAAGAAUUUGCAUCACGUGGACAUGCUGCUUUCUCUCACCUUGCACGGCCUUCUCGAAAUGACGGUUCCGCUUUUGAAGCGACUGGCUGGGGAGAAAACCGCUCCUUUUCGUUUAUAUCCUGCCCUUCCUCCCAAGACUUCGGGGCAGUGGCCAAGGUUUUCCGCUGUUGUUGGCACGACACCCCUCGGCUCACGAACUUCCCUAGGUUUGGUAAGGUCUGGCUGGCCCAGGAUCAUCCACGCUGCUUUGUGGCAAAGUGGGCUUUUGAGCCCUGGUCUCCUAACCCCAGUCUGGCUCCUACACACGCUGGCUUGAACGUGAAAUUUCAGGUUGUGCCAUCAGCAAAACAGGCUGGAGCAGAACACUGUUUAAAUUCUCUCUCUCUCUCUCUCUCUCUCUCUCUCUCUCUCUCUCUCUCUCUCUCUCUCUCUAGUGUUUUAUCCAGAAAACCAUAGGCCCCUAUAGAGAGAGAGAAACCAAUGGUUCAGUAGUGACCAAGGGAGGCACGCAUGGCUGGCCGCCCACCCCCACCGUAUGAGAUUCAACAGUGGUUUUCAGUAAAGUAAACUCCACAGCUAAACCUUCAGAAGGCGGUCUAACGAAGUGGUCCAGAUUGAGUGCUGCUAACGAGCAUGUCAUUAGCCUUCUGUUUAAAAUGUAACAUGUUUUAUGUACAUAAAACGAUUGCUUUUAUUGUAUUGAUA